AUGGCAAGAAAGUUAUUCCAACAAUUCACGGUAGACGCAUAUACCAUGGUUGAAAAUGAUCGUCUGUAUUACUUUAAAUGCAAUCAAAAGGUGCUAAGAGUUACAACCGAAGAAAAUCUGUCUAAAGCGGCUCAAUCGGGGAAAAAGGACGCCUCACAAAUGGGAACCCGGAUAAUUCUGCCUGCUACUUUCACCGGAGGCGCAAAAUAUAUGCAGCAGAACUACAUGGAUGCUAUGACGCUUUGCAAGACUCUUGGACAUCUAGAUUUAUUCAUAACCUUUACGUGUAACCCAAAAUGGCCCGAAAUUUUUAGAUUCCUAGAAAAACACAAACUUAAAUCUGAAGACAGGCCGGACAUACUUACAAGAAUGUUCAAGCUGAAGCUGGAUCACUUGAUCAAGAAUCUAAAAGAUGAUAAUAUACUCGGGAAAGCCAAGGGAGUUGUGUACACCGUGGAAUUCCAAAAACGUGGUCUGCCGCAUGCACAUAUAUGUCUAUUCUUCGAAGAAACCGACAAAAUAAGAACCCCAGAAGAUAUCGAUCGUGUUAUAUCAGCUGAAAUUCCAGAUGAAGAAGUGGAUAGUGAGUUACAUCAUCUUGUGUCUGAAUUUAUGAUACACGGACCAUGCGGAAAGGACGGCCCAUCAAACACCUGUAUGAAAGACAAAAAAUGCUCAAAACACUUUCCAAAAGAGAUUACAGAAUCAACUCGCAUAGACGGGAAAGGAUAUCCAGUGUAUAGAAGAAGAAAAACCGGAGUGACUGUUGAAAAAAAUGGAGUUCCAUUGGAUAACAGGUAUGUCGUAGGUUACAAUCCGAUACUCAUCAAGCUGUAUCAAGCAUACAUGAAUAUCGAAUGGUGUAACCAACUCGGAGCAAUCAAAUAUCUGUUUAAAUAUAUCAAUAAGGGACCAGACAGAAUAACAGUCGGCUUUCCAAAGAAAAACGGAAAUGGCGACAAGGAAAACCAAACAAUACAUGAAGACGAGAUCGCAGGUUACUAUGAUUGUCGUUACAUCUCUGCAUGUGAAGCAGCAUGGAGAUUAUUUGGUUUUGACAUCCACUAUCAGACACCGACCGUUCAGAGAUUAUCCUUCCACAUUAAAGACCGGAAACCAAUCCUCUUUGAUCAACAUGAGGAAAUUUCUGAUGUUGUCACAAAGCAUACGGUCAAACAAUCCCAGUUUCUAAAAUGGAUGGAACUUAACCAGGUCAAUGAAGAGGCAAGAGGUAUGACAUAUGCAGAAAUUCCAUCAAAAUUUACUUGGAACAAAAAAGACUUGGAAUGGACAAGACGAACAACAACAAAAUCAGCAAUUGGGAGGAUCAACUAUGUUUCUCCAAAACAUGGGGAAACAUACUACCUAAGAAUUUUGCUCAAUAAAAUUAAGGGACCCACAUGCUAUGAGGACCUGAAAACCGUACAUGGCAAGGAAUACAAAACGUACAAAGAAACUUGCUACGCAAUGGGACUAUUGGAUGGUGAUGAGGAGUACAUACAAUCGAUUAAGGAAACAAGUUCUUGGGCUACAGGUUCAUUUUGCCGAUCCUUAUUUGUCAUGCUUAGAACAUCAGACAGUUUGUCAAGGCCUGAAUAUGUUUGGCAACAAACAUACGACAACCUAACGGAUGACAUACUUCACCGCCGAAGAAAAGAGCUUAACGAGCCAGAUUUGGAUUUAGACCCGGAGGCUAUUAAACAUAUAGCAUUAGCAGAAAUUGAGAAGAUGCUGCUCAAAAGUGGGAUGAGCUUAAAAGACAUACCAAACAUGCCGUGUCCAGAUUUCAGAUACAUCGAGAUUGCAUGCAACAUGCUCAUUCAGGAUGAACUCAAUUAUGAUAAAGAGAAACUGCAAAUUGAACAUCAACAGUUACAUGCAACCCUGACAGCAGAACAACUGAAAGUAUAUGACACCAUCAUGGAUGCGGUUGCCAAAGAUGACGGAGGAAGCAUAGUCUUAAAUGUCGCGUCAAGUGGGAUAGCGUCACUACUACUAACAGGAGGAAGAACAGCCCAUUCGAGAUUUGCAAUCCCACUUACUCCCAAUGAAGACUCAUUUUGUAACAUCAGUGCGGACAGCCCAUUGGCUGACUUAAUACGAGAGGCAAAGUUGGUUAUUUGGGAUGAGGCACCCAUGAUGCAUAAGCAUUGUUUCGAGGCUUUAGAACGAACAAUGAGAGACAUAAUCCAUGGACCAAACUCAGAAAAACCAUUCGGGGGUAAGGUCAUCGUUUUUGGAGGAGACUUUCGUCAAAUCCUACCGGUCAUUCCAGGAGGAAAUAGAGAGGAAAUUGUCAAUGCUUCGCUAAACCAUUCAUUUUUAUGGGAUCAUUGCAAGGUCCUCACAUUGACUCAGAAUAUGCAACAUCUUAAUGACAAGGGAUACUUUGAAGACAAGGCAAUUUUGGUACCUACAAAUGAAGAGGUCGAUUCAAUCAAUGAAUACGUACUAUCGAAGAUAAAAGCAGACGAGCAUACUUACUUCAGCUCAGACAGUGUUUGCCAGUCAGAGUUCAUUGACGAGUUUGAACAAGCUUUGUACGCGCCAGAAAUACUAAAUGGGUUCAAAGUUUCAGGGAUACCCAAUCACAAACUGGUACUAAAGGAAGGCGUGCCCGUGAUGUUACUUCGCAAUAUAGACCAAUCUAAUGGGUUAUGCAAUGGGACGAGAUUGAGGAUAACAAGAUUAGGAAAGCAUGUGAUUGAAGCGGAAGUGAUAUCUGGCAACAACAUUGGGUACAAAACUUACAUCCCCAGAAUGAAGCUAAUACCAUCAGAUAAAAGAAUACCAUUCAGGUUUCAUCGAAGACAGUUCCCUUUGGUCGUUUUUAUUCGCAAUGACAAUCAACAAAAGUCAAGGACAAUCUUUAUCGACUGUUGGUCUGUAUCUACAACGUCCAGUCUUCACGCACGGACAGUUUUGGAGGGUCUAGCAUACGGUGUCUUAACCGGAUCCGCGCUAGAGGACGCUCUUGAAGUAGAAUUGCCUAUUUUAAAUAUAUCCGAUGCGGGGAAAACCCCUACUAAUCCGCCCGAAGGACGGCGAUUAAUAGGGAUAAAUCUUGCCCCUCAUACUUGA